CUAAUCUACCCGGUUCUCCCCCUUCAUACGCCGCCUCGCCGCAACGCCAAAAAGGAACAAAGCGAGGCGGAGGCGGAGGCGGAGGGAGCGAGCAUCGGCUGCGGCUGCGAGGUGCCCGCCGCCAUGGUAGUCCAUGUGGUGUACCGGAGGAGGGAGAACGGUUGGAGAGGAGGCGAGACGCCCGCGAGGCUCCAGGGGAGCGCCGCCAUGAGCAGCCCUUCCGGUAAGCACCAGCUCCGCCUCGCCGGCUCCUCCACGCUCCGCGGUGGUGCUGCGCUCUCGCCCGCCGUCUCCAGCGGCCGCCCUGGCGCGCGAGCCGUGUGCGCCGCCUCGCCGCCACCGCCCUGCUCUAUCGCCUCCGUCGGUUGCUCCUGGGAGUCCCGCUCGCUGCGCCUUGAUGAUGAUGAAGGCUGGGAGGAGGUCAUCGCCCUGGGCGACGACGCCCUGCGGGCAGAUUCCGCGGCGUUCGACGCUGUCUCGGAGGCGGUGGACGAGCAGGGCAUGGUGUUCGGUGCCCCGCCCACCGACCAGGAGGUCCGCGCCGCCGUCGCUAGCAUCCAACAGGUAUUUGAGAACCAUCCUGCAUUGGAUUCUGAUGGACCUGCCCAAGCACUUGCAUUGCCCCCCAUCUCAGGACUUCCUCCAUCUGGAAUGCUUGUGAAUUAUUUUGCUGAGGAUUCUGCUCAAUCGGAUAAUAAGAUUAACCAGUUAACCAACUUAGAACAUUCUACGCCAGACAGUGCAUCAGAGGAAAUGAUCGAACCUGCUGUGCUUGUCCUUAAUUCAACUGCCCUUUUAACCAGAGAACAUCGGAAUGUGCUGGAUGCAUUCCACCUAUUGCAAGUAGAUCCUUCUGUCCAGAAAAUGGUUAUGGCCUUGUCUACGGAUAAGUCUGUAUGGGAUGCUGUGAUGAAAAAUGAGGUGGUGCAAGAAUUCAGGAGGUCCUUUCAGGAUGCUAAGGAGGCUGAUCUCAGUGGAAGCUCUUCUGCUUCUCCUGGAGUGAUGAAGUGGGUCAUGGAAAACACCCAGGCAAAAAUCAAGGAAUUCCUUGAGAACAUACUUAAGCUUGUGAACAUGCUCUUCCUAACUCAGAGUGAGGACUACGAUUUGUAUGACGAUACAGUGAGGAUGUCUUUCAUGCUCACGGUCUUCGUCUUCAUUGUCGUAACAAUGGCUCGCAUAUAGUGAUAACAACAAUUCGUCGACUUUGCAUUUGAUGGUUUGUUAGCUAUGUACAGGGUCUGUUCUAGUCUCUUAAUUCUCCUCGAACCAUGGAUGGUAUUAUUCUUAGUUGCCAGUUCAAGAACUUGCAAUCUUAAAUUGCCAAGACAUCAUGAUUCUUAGUGGAAGUCUUAUAUGUUUACACUGGAGCAUAAUUAUUGCCUGAAACAUUAAUAUUUCAUAUGAAGUGCAAUGUGCUUAUUCUCCA